AGUAUUUUCUAGUUAGAAUUAGAAGUGUUUAAAGUAUAUUCAUUGCAUGUAAAAUAUAUCGGCAUGCGAUGACGUCACAUCCGGUUUCGCCGCGUCUUGUGGGAAAACACCGGUUUGAAAUUAGCGCGAGGGUGGGGGCUUUCCACGAGGCUCACCUGAGCACAAGCAGUUUUGCAGGCAUGAGAAAUCACAGUGAGAGCAACGCUUUUUCACCAUAUGUUAAUGUGAAGAGUGAACAGUAAAUGGUUAAUCUUACUGCGAUCUGGUUCUUAUUAACUGUGGUUUAUCCGGACGUUAAAUUCGGCGUUUCGUUACACCCGAAGGAGAACGUGACAGUGAAAAAGCGGCAUUAUCAGGUGUUUCAAGUGCUGCAAUGUCAGCUCGAUCCGGGAUCAAGUCGAUGGCGCCCAGCGACAAGGGCAGUAGAACGACAUCAAGAAAGUCCACACAGGCAAGAGCCAAGGCAGAAGCCGCCAAGGUGCGACUGCAUUACGCCAAACAAGAAGCAGUUUUGAAAAUGAAACUGGCCACCAGAGAAGCCGAAAUCCAGAAAGAAAAGGCUGCCAGAGAAGCCGAAAGGGCCGCCAGAAAGGCAGAAGCCGCCAAGGUGCUACUGCGUUACGCCAGACAAGAAGCAGUUUUGAAAAUGAAACUGGCCACCAAAGAAGCCGAAAUCCAGAAAGAAAAGGCUGCCAGAGAAGAGGCUGCCAGAGAAGCCGAAGAGGCUGCCAGACAAAGAGAAGAGGCCGCCAGAGAAGCCGAAACCCAGUUGGAAAUGACAAAAAUAUCGACAGAGUUGCAUGUGCUGCAGCUAGAAGGAGAAGGAGAAGCUGCCAGGGUGGAAGCAGAGUACAUAGAAGAAGCUGAAGGGUCGCGUGAUCUGACCGAAACAAGCUCUGCUUUGGAAAGGACCAGACUGGAACGCACGAGCGACUAUGUACAAUAUCAAGCAGACAGGCAGGCUCGUCUCCCCUCUCCAUACCUAUUCGAUAACUUCCCCAGCUACGAGGAGGAGAAUUUACCCUCGCGGCCCCGCGAUGAAGUCAAGAAUGAAAGAGCUGACAACCGAUAUACUUUGACACCAAAGUUACAAAGUUCGAUGCGAAGAGACGCGGAGGUUGAAUCCAGGAUGGCAAAUUCCAUGAGAAACGUGCGUUCUCAGUCAUAUGGGCGCCAACGCACUUCUCCAGCCCACAUGCCGCUUGCAGCCGAUCCCACGCUGCAGUAUUUAGCACGACGGGAUCUCGUCACUUCGGGACUGUACCAGUUUGACGAUAAACCCGAAAAUUACCGUGCUUGGCUCUCCACAUUCACCAACGUGAUUGACGGGGUCCAGCUCAGUGCAACCCAAAGGUUGGACCUUAUGGCGAAAUGGCUGGGGAAAGAAUCACGCGACCAGGUGAGACGCAUGCGUUCAGUGUACAUCAACAAACCUGAGCUAGCCUUAAGCGAAGCGUGGGAGAGACUUUGGGAGAGAUAUGGGUCCCCCGACAUUAUUGAAAGGGCGCUAUAUCGACGUCUGGAAAACUUUCCUAAGGUGUCAGCCAAAGAUCACUUUAAGUUAAGAGAAUUCGGAGAUUUACUCAUGGAGAUCCAAGGCGCCAAAGAAGAUGGCUAUUCAGCUGGUCUAGUAUUCCUAGAUACUCCAUCCGGGAUUAGACCAAUUGUGGACAAACUUCCAUUUGGGCUGCAGGACAAGUGGCUGACUGUUGCCUCAGAGUACAAGGAAGACCACGAUGGUCGAUUUCCUCCCUUUGAGCUCCUCACUAGGUUUGUGUGCAAGGAGGCGAAGAGGCGAAACGACCCUAGCCUUGUAGGUCCAGGAAGCAGUUCGAUUUACACCAAGCCAAGCAGAUCCGUUUCGAAUGUUUUCAACAUUGAUAAACCCGUGUCAGUGCUCAAGACCGAAGCCCUUACAACUAACAACGACCCUGGCAAGUAUUGUCCAUUGCAUAACAAACCUCACCCCCUGAAAGCAUGCAGAAUGUUUAGGGAAAAACCCCUUGAAGAGAGGACGGCUCUUCUCAAGGAGAAAAGAAUAUGUUUUAGAUGCUGUUCCUCAACCUCUCACCUCGCCAGAGAGUGUACGAUCGCCGUGAAGUGUCCGGAAUGUGGCAGCCCAGAUCACGUCGAGGCCAUGCAUCCCGACCUGUCACCACAAACCGAGAGCGCUCCUUCACCCCCACAACAGGACGGCGGGGAGGGAGAGGCUCACUCUAGGUCAAUAGCUGUCAGCACGAACUGUACAGAAGUUUGCGGUCAAGCUCAGUCAAGUCGUUCUUGUUCCAAGAUCUGCCUCACUAAGAAAUUUGCCAGAGUCUUCGAUGACGUGCCAACGCGUGCACGGGGUCAAGAGGAGGUGGCGCAGCUACUUAAUGAAUACUUUGCUUCAGGGAAAAGGACCUUUGUGAUUCUAGGGAUGAGUUAUGGCAGACUGAAAUGCUUGAGCAUAUAG